CCUGCACAAUCACUAACAUUGACGACCCAAUUGUUUUGACCUCACCAAUUAAAAAGUGUAAGGUAUGUAAACGAUGAGCCAGCGUGCAGCGCCAGCGGCUGGUGUUUGAGCGGGCGCCCGUGACGUCACGAUCGGAAGCGCCCGGGGCCGCGACCGGCCGGCCGGUAGUCCUGCGCCGCUUAUUGCUUGCCCGCCGCGCGAAUUGAAGCGCGUGUCCGCUCCUCGACCCGAUCGGGCCAUGUCCUGCCUUUCGAACGUGACUAAUCCCUAAAGUGCAAUAAGUUUGGUGCGACAUUAUGAAUUUUUUUUUGAUAGUGGGCUUUAUUCCGUGUUUAAUAGGAUUAAGUGUGCAAGAAGACUCGGAACCAGUGGUAGCAGUGGCUGGACACAGCGCGGAGUUACCGUGUAACGUGACCGCAAAACACCGGGACGACGGGCUACUUGUUGUCGCCUGGUACCGCGACGGAUCCAACACUGCUUUCACAAGUUAUGACAGACGAGGGAAAAGCAAGCGCUUGGCAGCGGAGGCCGAGCGCUACCAGAUGAUAGUGGCAGAGGAUGAGCACCUGUUGGUGAUCCCAGACGUGUCGCCCGCCGACGCCGGCGCCUACCAGUGCUCCGUGGAAUUCGCGCGCAGCCCGUCCACCACCACUGAUGUACUACUCCAUGUUAUCGAGCCUCCUCAGCGGAUGUGGGUGGGGCUGCAGAAGAAUGGUUCGAAGAUCGCAUCAGCAGCCGCGGGCGCCAAUAUCAGCGGAAACAUCGGUCCUUAUUAUAUCGGCGACUCACUCGAACUUUUUUGCGUAGCUUUCGGAGGUAACCCACAGGCAUCGGUCUCGUGGUGGUCAGGCAAGCGUCUCCUCCAGAACAAGACGGUGGAGCUGUCGCCGCAGCGCGUACGCAGCGACGUGUCGUACGCGCCACUGCGGCGCGAGGACCAUGGCCUGGUGCUUACGUGUCUGGCCAACAACAAUGACGUCACGCCGCCGCUGGCUAUUGACAUUGUCAUCGAUAUGCAUCUUCCGCCGGAGCUGAUAGCCGUGCGGGCUCUUGGGGCAAACGACAGCCGCGUGCACUCCGAGGACACAUCAGUAGUGUUGCAGUGCCGGGUGCUGGGCGCGCGGCCCACGCCGACCGUCAUAUGGCAGGCCAGGGGUGCUACACUCAUCAACCCCACGCAGGAUAUCACUGAGGAGCCGUCGCAGCGGCUACUAAUCAGCGAGCUCGAGCUGAGCAUAGACCACACAUGGGACGAGGCGCGCGUCACGUGCUGCGUGCCCGCAUACAACACCGACGCGGAGCUCGUCUGCGCGCCGCCGCUCCCGCUCUCUGUGUUCUAUCCACCAGUACUAAAUAUAACUGUGGAAUACGGCGGGCAACUGGACGCUAAAAAUUGCACACUGCCCGUGCUCAAGGGGUCCAACGUUACACUAAACUGCACGAGCCAAGCCAAUCCGGCAGUCCACCAGCUCACAUGGUUUCACCAGGAUGAUAUCAUAUCUAACUACACAGAUAACAACGAAGGCAGUUUUCACCCGGUGCUGAAUCUAUGCGAGGUGACUGAGAAAGACGGAGGCGCGUACGUGUGCGGCGCCAUCAACGCCGAGGGGUCCUCUUACAGCGAGCCAGUUUUUAUAGACCUUAUUUAUCCAGCAUUUUGCGAAGAGGAGACCGUGGCCGAAUACGGUCUGGGAGUGGACGAGUCCAUCAACAUAACGUGCGACGUCAAGUCAAACCCGCGCCCGUUCCAGUACGGCUGGGCCGUUGUGAAUGGACAAGCUAAAGCCGAUGAUUUCGAGAACAAAAUCCCUCUGAAUGUUGUAAUAACGGAUAACAACACUUAUUUGUAUACACGGCCUAAUGACACCGCGUUCAGUUCGAUAUUCUGCUGGGGAAUAAACGAGGUGCCUGAGAACGACUUGCCCAAAACGCCUUGCAGCUUUCUCAUAACGGACCAGACGGCGCCGCGGCCUCCCCUGAACUGCGUCGCUGUCAAACACGACCGUGACGUCACCGUCACUUGUGACAAGGGGCACGACGGCGGUUUGCCGCAGAAGUUCACAAUCGUCGCAAAAUCUACAGACACAGACGAAGUUCUAGAAACGAUAACGAAGUUAGAACCUAAGUUCCUGAUACAAGACUUAACAGAAGAGAAUUUCAAAUUCGAAAUAGUGGCGUCGAACGAUAAAGGAGACAGCCAAUUAGUCGAAAUUGACAAAGACAGCAUUAUCGAUGAAUUAGCAGGCGAGGAGCCCGUGCAGAACACGGUGGCCAACAUCACGGUGUUGUCGCUGGCACUGUUCGGCGGCGUGUUGCUGGUGGCGCUGGCGGCGUGCGCGCUGGUGCUGUGCGCGCACGAGCGCGGCUCGCGGCCCACCGCGCCGCGCGAUCACAACCCGCCCUUAUGCGCAUACAACACUGACGAAACCAUUUGUAACGACAGCGACGAUAGCGAAUGCAACGUCAGGCGGACAGAAUCAUUCCGCCGGGCCAUGGCGAGGUACCCCUCCAAGAACUUGGACGUGCGGCGAACGAGCUCCUUCCAUUCGGCCAGAUAUCUACACGACUUCGCCGAACAAGAUAUUGGCCACAAACACAACGACGUACUGAGACACAGUCCCAGUUGUAGAGUCCAUUCCAUGCAAAACAUAAACAGGAGAAGGGACAUGGACAAUCUGUGUGACCAUUUAGUCACCCAGUUACCUCCCGCGACCAGCACAUUCCACACGAUGCCAAAGAAGAUGCGGAAUAAACUGUCCAAAGAAAUUAGCGACGAAGCGUCUGUGAUUACGCAAACGUCGGACGGCUUUUCACUGCCGCCUCCGCCCGACGAAUUCGGGACUUAUCGGUCCGGCACGAAGAUCAAAGACAUGCCUAAGGGUCCGACGUACACAACAAUCGUUAGGAAGAACUCUAGUAAGAAGGAGAGUCAGCGGCAACCGCAGUACGGGAACAUAUCGUCGAUGAACACUGUGGGGAUCCCGACGGUCAGCGGUCAGCCCGGCGUGUACACGUACCCUGAUGAUGACGGUCGUCAGGUAUUGCUGCGAACGCCUGGCGUGCUAACAACUUUCCAAACAUUUCCUAGACCUAAGGAAUCGGGACUAUGAGA